CUGGACUCAAAGGAGUCACAGGCGGAGCUGGGCUGGACCUCGCACCCAUCRAACGGGUGGGAAGAGAUCAGUGGCGUGGAUGAAACCUACAGACCGAUACGCACGUACCAGGUGUGCAACGUGAUGGAGCCAAACCAGAACAACUGGCUGCAGACGGGCUGGAUUGCCAGGCGUGACGGCCAGAGGAUCUUCAUCGAGCUGAAGUUCACCCUGCGGGACUGCAACAGCAUCCCUGGCGUGACAAGCACCUGCAAGGAGACUUUUAACUUGUACUAUGUCGAGUCUGACUCUGACCUGGGCCGCAGUGUCCGCGAGAGCAAGCACACCAAGAUUGACACCAUCGCUGCUGACGAGAGCUUCACACAGGGGGACCUGGGCGAGCGCAAGAUGAAGCUGAACACUGAGCUGAGGGAGAUUGGGCACCUGAGCAAGAGAGGCUUCCACCUGGGUUUCCAGGACSUGGGUGCCUGUGUGGCGCUGGUCUCCGUGCGGGUCUAUUACAAGAAGUGUCUCAGCACCGUGCAAAACUUGGCCGUGUUCCCGGACACAGUGGCGGAGACGGCCUUUGCGACGUUGGUGGAAGUUAAGGGCACUUGUGUCGCUCAUGCUGAAGUGGAUGUGGAUAAUCCCCCACGGAUGCACUGCAGCGCGGAGGGCGAGUGGCUGGUUCCCAUAGGGAAAUGCAUGUGUGGCCCUGGCUUUGAGGAGAAGGACGGGGGAUGCAGAGCUUGUCUUCCGGGGUUUUACAAGCUCUCCCUCCGUCUCCCUGUCUGCUCUCCAUGCCCUGAGCACAGCUUCACACAUGAGGAAGCCUCCACRUUCUGUUUGUGCCAGAAGAAUUACUCCAGGUCUCCUUCAGACCCACCAUCUGCCUCCUGCACACGUCCACCCUCCGCCCCGCGGAACCUGGUGUACAGCCUGCGRCAGUCAUCGCUGGUGCUGCAGUGGAGUGCCCCGGCGGACGCGGGCGGCCGCAGCGAUGUGACCUACAGCCUUUGGUGCGGCCGCUGCCCGCCGGCGCUGCGGGGCCGCUGCGAGCAGUGCGGCAGCGGCGUGGGCUUUGUGCCGCAGCAGACCGGGCUGGUGGAGCGCACCGUCACCCUGGUCAACCUGCUGCCCCACGCCAACUACACCAUCCGUGUGGCUGCUCUGAACGGUGUGUCGGCCGUCAGCCCGCUGUCGGGCCAGCAGUACGCCGAGGUCAACGUGUCCACCGGCCGGGCAGUGCCAACUCCYGUCACCGACAUCCGCACGGAUAAAGUGGAGCAGAAGAGCGUCUCCUUGUCGUGGCAGGAGCCGGGAUUCCUGACAGCCAACGGCACCGAGUACGAGGUCAAGUACUUUGAGAAGGAUCAGAGAGAUCAAAGUUACUCAACUGUGAAAACCACAUCAACGGCCGUGACGGUCAAUAACCUGAAGCCUGGUACCCUCUAUAUCUUUCAAAUCCGAACAUCUUCCUCUCCAGACUACGGCAACUACAACCCUGGCAUUGAAGUGGAGACACUGGCAGAGUUGACAGUGGCCUCCAGCGAGCAGAACCCUGUCCUGAUCAUCGCAGUGGUGGCCAUCGCAGGGCUGACCGUCCUGGUGUCCAUGGGGAUUGGCAUGAUGGUCUGGAGGAGGCAGUGUGGGUACAGCAAAGCCAGCCAGGAUGGGGACGAGGAGCUGUACUUUCACUUUAAAAUACCAACCAGGAGGACAUAUAUCGACCCCGACACCUGUGAAGACCCCAUGCAGGCUGUGCACCUCUUUGCCAAGGAGCUGGAUAAUGCCAGCAUCAAAAUUGAGAGGAUUAUCAGGACAGGAGARUUUGGGGAGAUGUGCCGUGGCUGCCUGAAGCUGCCCAGCAAACGUGAGCUGCCUGUGGCCAUCCAGACACUGCGGGCAGGCUGCUCUGAGAAGCAGCAGCGCUCCUUCCUGGCCGARGCCUGCACCAUGGGCCAGUUUGACCACUCCAAUGUCAUCCGCCUGGAGGGAGUCAUCACCAGAGGGAGCACCAUGAUGAUAGUGAUGGAAUACAUGGGGAACGGCCUGCUCGACUCCUUUCUCAGGAAACACGAGGGGCAGUUCACAGGCACCCAGCUCAUCUGCAUGCUGCAGGGCAUUGCCUCAGGCAUGGCAUACCUGGCAGAGAUGGGCUACGUACACAAAAGCCUUGCUGCCCACAAGGUCCUGGUGAGCAGCAGCUUGGCCUGCAAGAUCACCGGGUUCAGACGGCCACAGGAAGACAAGAUGGAAACCAUCUUCUCCACCAUGCGUGGGAAGAGCCUGGUGCUGUGGUCUGCCCCCGAGGCCAUCCAGUAUCACCACUUCAGUCCUGCCAGCGACGUGUGGAGCUUCGGGAUCGUCAUGUGGGAAGUCAUGUCCUACGGCGAGAGACCCUACUGGGACAUGUCACACCAGGACGUGAUGAAGGCUGUGGAGGAUGGGUUCCGCCUGCCCGCCCCGGUGAACUGCCAGCCCCCCCUCCACCAGCUGAUGCUCAACUGCUGGCAGAAGGACCGCAGCCAGCGGCCCAAGUUCUCACAAAUCCACAGUGCCCUGAGCAAGCUGGUGCAGAGCCUGGAGCCCCCAAAGUGCUCCACGUGCCCCAGGUCCCAUGGCACAUCCAUCCCCCUCUCUGAGAGAACCUUCUCAGCCUUCCCAUCUUUCAGCUCCGUGGGUGAGUGGCUGGAAGCKAUAGAAAUGGGCAGGUACAAGGACAACUUCACUGCUGCGGGUUACUGCUACCUGGAGUCGGUGGCCAGGAUGACAGCCCAAGACAUCCUCAGCCUGGGGAUCACGCUGGCAGAGCACCAGAGGACCAUCCUGAGCGGGAUCCAGACCCUCCGUGCCCAGGUGAUCCAGAUGCACGGGCGGGGCGUGCAGGUGUGAAAGCAGAGCCCUGCACAGGGCAGAGCACCGGCACGGCGCUCCCGGCGAGGAGCAGCCCCAUCUCUGAAAGCUGGCAGGCUCAGGUGGGCUGUGAGAAUCACUGGCAAGAGAGCAGAGCUUCUGUCCCCUGUGCCCAGGCAGCCCAGGAUUGCUGGGAUGGUGCAGCGAGCCUGGGUGGACACAAUUCUCCCCAGCAGUGUUUUGUAAGAUGAUUCAAACUGURUCGAUGCCAUUUCAUGUGGUAGUUGAGUUCACACGGUGGGAUGGACCUUUUUGCACUGUUUUAAUCCAGAGCCAACAUUUCUGUAUCUAGCAUCCUGCUGGUGAAUCCAUGGGUACUUUUAUACAACCUGACAGAUCACAGCAACCCCACAAGGAGUUUAUAUUGCUUUUAUAUUUAGAGAGCGGCUCUCACCCAACGCCCAAAUCCUGGAAGGUGACUUUCCUCAUCUGUGCUGAAGGAAACUCUUUCCCAGUUGCAUUCCUCCUGCUCUCUGAGUUCCUUCACUGAGUGUUGACACCGCAGUUGGUGAACAAAACCAAAUAUUCUCCAGUGAAGGGCAGAGGAAAUGGUGCUGCAUCCACACAAUCUGGGACACACCCAGAUUUUGUUUUGUGAGCACCGUGCUGCCUGCCUGGCAUGCCAGCAGCUCCCACAGCUGCAGCCUCAUCCCUGAAAAGACAUAAAUAGCUUCUCCUUAAUAAUACAACUUUCCUUGAAGUGAGUUAAUUAAAUGGGUCUUUGCAGCUCAGCACGGAGUUUUGUAAGGCUUUUAUUACGAUCUGUAAGUAUUGCAAGUUAAUUAUUAAUGCUGAAAGGCAAAGAUUUACAUAGGGGAUGAAGGCUGUGGGUGAUGCUCAGAGUCUGAUUGGAAAUCUGCUCCAGUCAGACCCUCCUGUCAUCCUGCUCCAAGAGGAUGAGGGUCUGACAGGAUGAGGCUGAGUGAAGAGCCCCUUGGGGCUGGCAAGGUGACCACUCUGCCAGGGUGAAUGCUGCWUGUGCUGUGGGGAAAUUUAUUGCUCUCUGGGGAAAAUGAGAUCUCUCCUUCCCCCUCUGCACUUCAAACCAUGCUCUCUCUCCAAUGUCUCUUGGUCAGUGUUAUUUUUUAGCAGAAAUAAUUUCUCUACAUUUGGCCCAUGCCCAGCUGGGUUGGUCACUUGCCAUUCUGCUGUUUCCCACCCUGAACAGGAAUAGCAGUGAAYUGAGCUCUGCCUUUGGUGAAAUGCCUGAUCCCAAGGAUCAAGUGCAAUUAGUGUGCUCCUCAUGUUUACAUUUUACCUCUAGAGAAAGUAUAUUACAGGUCUCUAGGCAGGGGGUUGAACCAGCUUGAUUCUGGGUCUUCUGUCCCCUCUCCCUGCUCAUCCUGGCUGUUGGGAUGUGGAGCCACACRGGGAAAUUGCUGCUGGAGGAGCUGGUCUCUCCUUCAGGAAAGGAAAGAAAAGCCCUCCAAGGAAGCAGCCUUCUAGCCCAGCUUCUUAAAACAGUAAACACUUUUAAUUCAGCUCCUCACCAACAUGGGAUAACAAAAUUAAAAAAUUAAACUAUAGAUUGUUGUUAUGAUAUUAAAAUUAACUUGCAUCCUCUCAGCCCCUCGCCUUGGGGAAGUAGUAUAAUUAAAUUAAUCAGCAAUGUUGUUUUGGAGCUGCUCAAGCAAGGGAAAUGYCUCAAAAUGAUCCUGGUCUGUUCCCAUCCAGCUCAUGAGGCUCUUCCCUCCUCCAGUCCUGUCAGAGCAGCAUCUGCAACUCUCCCCUCACAAGAAACCAAAUGGGAAUCAAGUUGGUUCAUCUCCAGAUGCUUUUAUAUUCAUUAGGCACGUGUUAAAUAUUGUAAAUACACACUUGAGAAGUUAAUAUAUAUUUUUAUAAGCUUGAGACAAACGUAAUAUAAUAUCGUAAGGGACUCUGUGUGCAUCUCAUGUUUGAAUUAUAGUCAGACAUCUCCAGGGAAUCUCAGUUGGUUUGGAAUAUUUAAUAAUAAUAAUAAUAGUUAUUGUAAAUGCUAAUAAAAAUCURUUGACAUUUUUGUUAAUUUUAUAUUUAUUGAACCACUCUUUAAGAUGGCAAUAAGGAGAUAUCURAAUACCUGAGUAAAACCAACCUGUA